GCAUUUAUGUAUUUAUUUGAGUAACUGUGUCUUGUAAUUGUUAUAUUCCUUCGUAAAACGCACGGAACACAGAAGCCGCGGCUGUGACGUGUUGUAUUUUCGCCUUCGCUGCUGUAGUAGAGGCUACUUCUGAUCCUCGCAGGCCGCCGUAGUUCCUGACCGAGGUGAGAAUGGCCGGAUGGAUGUGGCUCCGGUGCCUUUUCGGGCCCAAUCUACAGCGGAUCCACCGCUCACCGGACCAGACACGUACUGACGGCAGACCGCCCCGCAGGGGCUGCAAUUAUCAGCCCAGAGGUUUGGAGAGACACACAGACAGCAUCCUCGGUUGGGCCUCAGUGCUGUGGUCUCUGUCCUACUACAGUUCUCCACUGCUUCUCUGUUAUCUCUACAGGAAAGGGUACAUCUGCAGCAGUAAGCUGGCUCCUCUCAGUCAGUAUGUUGGCACAGCGCUGGUCUGUCUGAUAGGAGUGGCCUGUCUGAGAGGUUGGGGACGCUGGAGAAACCCAGAGUACCUUCAGUUCAUCUCCAUACUGGAGGAAACCAGGAAGAACAACACGCCUAACAACAAGAAAAAACUUGCAUGUUUUGACUUCGACUUCAAACACUGGCCAGUAGAUUUCAGCUGGAAAGAAGUUAGCAGUCCGAAGCUGUCUAAAGGUGGCGUGUCCCUGCUGAGGCCGGAGCCGAAACACAGAGGAGCAGCAGACAGUGUGCUAAAUUCAGUUCGCACACUACCAUGCCACAUCUUAAGUUAUCUGAUCGUGCACUCGUUCGGCCGGAGGAUGCUGUACCCGGGCUCAGUGGGUCUUCUGCAGAAGGCCAUGAGACCCAUGUUACAGCAGGGCCAGGCCAGACUUGUAGAAGAGUAUGACGGUCAGCGGAACAAACUAGUGGCUUGUGAUGGGAAUGAGAUUGACACCAUGUUUGUGGACCGGAGGAAAGAUGGAGGACAAGCCGGAAAAACUCUGGUGAUCUGUUGCGAGGGAAAUGCAGGAUUUUAUGAGGUUGGCUGCAUGAACACACCACUGGAAGGUGGAUAUUCAGUGUUGGGCUGGAAUCACCCAGGGUUUGGCGGCAGCACAGGAGUUCCGUUUCCUCAAAACGAGGCCAAUGCGAUGGACGUCGUCAUUCAGUUUGCCGUGCACAAACUAGGCUUCCAGUUGAGUGACAUUAUUGUGUACGCCUGGUCAAUUGGGGGCUUCACAGCCAGUUGGGCUGUGAUGUCUUACCCAGAGAUCCGAGCUCUGGUUCUAGAUGCCUCAUUUGAUGACCUUUUACCACUUGCGCUAAAGGUCAUGCCCGACAGCUGGAGACCCUUGGUCACCCAUACAGUGAGGCAGUACAUGAACCUGAACAACGCUGAACAGCUCUGCAAGUACCAGGGACCAGUGUUAUUGAUCAGAAGAACCAAAGAUGAAAUCAUCACUACCACGGGUCCAGAAGACAUCAUGUCUAACAGAGGGAAUGACCUGUUGCUCAAACUACUCCAGUACAGGUAUCCUAAAGUCGUGACAGAGGACGCUCUCAGUGCAGUCAGGCAGUGGCUCGCAGCAGGGUCACAGAUUGAAGAAGAAUCUGUGUACACGGGCUAUGAGGUGGAUGAUGAUUGGUGCUUGUCUGUGCUGCAGUCCUAUCAGACAGACAGAGAGACCCUGUUCCCCUGGAGUGUUGGUGAAGACAUGACACUCGAGGGCAGAAGGCAGCUUGCUCUAUUCCUGGCACGAAAGUAUAUGCGAAACUUUGAGACGACACACUGCACUCCACUCCCUUUUUCUGAGUUCAGGCCUCCCUGGAAACUGUAGAGCACUGAUGAGACUAACAGGAAGAGAGCUCUGGAGGUCAGAGGUCAAAGGGAAUCACACACCGGUACAUUUGAGUCAGUUCUGUGGGGCGGCGUUUAGAAUUAGUCAUUCGUUUAAAUGUGACAGGGUUACUCGUUUAUGUUUGUUCGCAUGGUUUGAUAGAGAUAUCUUAAGUUAUUGGUUGUGCUCUGCCUCCAUCGCAGUGGGUAUUUAACAUGAAGAUCGGAAAGUGUUGAUGCUCAGGUUUGUGGUCACUGUCGUGGCGUUUGUUUCUUUUGAGAGACUCUCAGUGACUGGACUCAAAGAUCUCUUGCCUCUUUCUCAGUCUGUAUUAAUUUUUAUCCUCUAUUUUGUGGAGCACUGUAAUUAUGAACAAAUCGUAUCGUAAAAAUGUUCUGAAUGUUAUAUUGCAUAUGAAUAUUAAAUAAAACCAGGGGAUACUUUU